AAAAUGAUUAUUAUCUCCCUUUAAUCGAAAUACAGAGAAAUGGGUACGAAACAAACGUCGAAGCCGGAAAAGCAAAGCAAGGUUGUUUCAAGUCCUGAUUGUAUCAGUAUGAGACACACUAUAAGAGAAGGAAUAAACGGUUACGUAUUCUGGUGUUUGUUCCAGGGAUUAGCCCCAAUGAUUUGGUUCUAUCCUUUAAAUGACUUAGAAAUCUCAGGAUAUGAAGCUUUUGCAGCGCUUUGGUUUACACAAAUUCUAGCAGGAAUACCUUUGGUAAGGAUUUUUAUACACAAGUGGUAUGUGCUGGGAUGUUUACGUGGUCUUUGUGUUUGUGCACUGUUGUCAUUUCAAGCACCUACCACCCUAUCAAGACUUGUUACUCUGGCAGCUGGUAAUGGUGUAGCAACUCUAACACUUACAGCCACACUGUGGAGUCCAAGUAAGAGAAUCAGGGCAUCAACAUGCUGGGGCUUACUGCUUGGUUUUAUUGGGUUUGUUGUAAGUCGUGUCUGGUUUACAACAUUUGUACCAGCUUGGUGGUCAGACAUGUCCAACACUGUGGUCGUUACCAUUGGAGCUAUAGCGGUAAUUGACCAAUUCCUCUCAGGUUAUGAUAAGAUAGAUGAAGGUGAACGCCAUGUAGACAAGAAGUUACAAUACCCUAACUCACUGGCCACUGGUCUGGGGUUUGGUAGUCUAUUAUUUUUGAUAAAUUGGGUAUUUGGAGAGGUGUCACUUAUAACAAGGUGGACUGUCCGUGCAUACCCUGAUAAUGGACCUGAGCCCUAUCCAUGGGGAGCUUGUAUAUUGGUUGCGUUAUGUUUUGGAGCGUAUAUGUCUGCAUGUAGACAUGUAGCAAUAAGUAAAAUCUGGUGGUUUAUCGGGCUAGUCUCAUUCUGUGCACUCUAUUAUCUUCCUACAUGGCUGGGAUUUACAGGUGGACUGAUUCUAGGAGUAUAUGCACUGUCAAUAUGGCCGGAGAUGUGUGACAGAGUGUCUAGAUGUCCACCAGCUAGAACAUUGUUCCUAGCUAUAUUAGUGUUCAUGAUACAGAACUUCUUCCUCGUAUGGACAGUAGCGUAUAACUUUGUACCACUAGGGGAAUAUACCAGGGAACGUACAUAUAUUCUGAUUGCUAUCAACAUGCUGUGUAUACUUGCUGGUCUAUUUGUUGGUGGUUCAACAAAAGAUGAUGGCUACACUGCAUUUGUCAAUUUACAUAAAAAGAAAACACCUCCAUCUAGCUUUAAUAAAGGGUUGAUUUUACUACUGUGUGUGGGUCUACUAGGAUUUGGAUAUAGAUAUAACCCACAGAGGUUUGAUCAUCCUGUCAAGAAGUCACCUAAACAGAUCACCACAGCUAUAUGGACAUACCAUUUUGGUUAUGAUAAUAAAGGUUGGCCUAGUCUAGAGAGAACAGCUUCAUUGCUGGAUGAUACUGGUGCAGAUGUUAUUACAAUGUUAGAGAGUGAUGCAUCCAAACCGUUUCUAGGCAACAAUGAUCUUGGUCAAUGGCUUAGUGAAAAAUUAGGUUUCUAUGUUGACUUUGGACCAUCCACCAAGGAUCAUACAUGGGGAAACUUGAUUCUGUCUAAGUAUCCGUUUGUGAAAUCAACUUAUCACCUUCUGCCUUCUCCCCAUGGUGAGUUAGCCCCUGCUGUAACAGCUACAGUGAACGUUUCUGGUAGUCUGGUAGAUUUUGUGGUCACACACAUGGGUAAUGAUAGGGAUAAACUUGACAGAAAACUACAGGCUGAGUUCCUAGCACGCGAGACCAAGAAUAGUGAGAACUCUGUAGUGUUUAUGGGAUAUGUAACAUCGAAGCCUGGUAGUAAGGAAUAUGUAGAACUACUCAAUGAAGGAAACUUGAAGGAUAUCGAUGAUACUGAUAGAAAACGAUUCUGUGAAUAUAUCAUGUACAGAGGGUUAAAAAGACAAGGGUAUGCAAGAAUAACUCAUGGUGGAUUGAGUGACACAGAGUUACAGAUGGCCAGAUUUGAGAUUCCUGAUGACAUCAAUGAUUUCAAGGACAACAGUAAAGUAACUUAUGAUACAGGAGAACAUAUCAUUCCAGAUAAUGUUAAAUUUAAUGACAAGUUUGGAACACUACACCAUGGACACGGCUAUUUCUCAGGUCACAGAUUUCAUAUGAGUACACCAAAAUAUUUCCUUCCUUGAUGAGGCAGCUGAAUGAUACAUUAUGAUAAAGUAAAACUGUUUUCACUGCCAUACUGUUUAUCAAAGUUAGUGUCAUACUUGACAAAGUAACUUAGACUUUGAAAUGGUAUAUCAUUUAUAUAUAUCUUAUAUUACUAGGUUGAUAGUAUAAAAAAUAGAGACAUCUGGUCAUUAAACUAUAUAAUAUAAUAAUUAAUCUAUUUACUUUUGAAUUUAGCAUGCUCAAAGAAACUAUACAUGUAUUUAUAAAUACAUAAUGUACUGCAUUUAGGAUUGUAGUACAUGACUUAACAUUUUAUGGCAAUAUGUCAAAAUAAUGUACUUAAAUUGUACUUAAAUGUGCUGCAUAUGUCAUUGUUAAUUACUUCUUUAUUUAAUUAACAUAAUAUAUCUUUAUUUAAUUAACAUAGUAUAUAAAUAAAAUCACUGUAUCCUGUCUUGCAAGACUAUACAAUUCAAUGUGUACUCUACCUAUGAUUACAAACAGGUGUUACUUCCGACUGCUGUACCUUUCUUGGAGGACUAUAUAUUUUCACUUGAACCUUUCUUGCAAUUACAGAAAGUAGACUUGUUUAUAUACUGUCAUUAAAUAGAUAAUGUCAUGUUUGGAUUCAAGCAACUGUAUAGUCUGAGAAUGAUCUCCUAGUUUUGUGUAGAAAUUUUUAUGAAAAUCAAAAUACAUGUAGUGUUAUAUUUUAUAAUAAUUUAUAUUUUACGUUAAUUCACGUUACUUGCAAGUUAGUAUCUCUAUAACUAUUUUAAAGGAAAUGGAAUGAAACAUCACAUAGUUAUGCGAGAGCAUAAUAUGAGGUCAAGGUACAAGGUCCAUAGCUCUAACCUAGAUUUUGACAAAAUUAUGGCUCUUUUUGAUCUUAGAAAAAUCCAACAUUAUCCAGGCUUAAACACUAUCAAGCACUGAGGUUUGUUAAGUGCUACCAUAGCUUUUGUUGAACCUAAAAUUUAAUAUAUUUAUACAAUAACAUUGAUCAUACUCACCCUUGCCAUACUCAGUAUUAUAAAUGGACUUGUCCAUAUAUCAAUCUGGACAGAACCAUUUAUCCCUCAUAGGGAAAAUUUUAAAAUAUUUUUUAACUGAAUGGUGAAAAAAGUGCAGACCAUGAGUAAAUGGCAUGCAUUUGCUGGCUUAUCUUGGUUUACACUGGUAGUAUAAGAUUAUGUUGCAGCCAGCUGGUAAAAAAAUAAAUUUAAUGAAUAUCUAGUCCAGUCUUGUACUAAUAAUAAUGAUAUGCAUUGGUAGCGUUUGAUUUGGAUUUUUUUUAUUUUACAUUCAAAUAUUUCACAAGUUUUUGGAACACUUUUUAAAAUAUAAAAGUAUAUUUCAUUUAUCUUUGUAUUGGUGUGUAUAUUUAUUCUAUGCCAUCUUAAGGUAUUGGAAAGUUGAAUAUUAUAAACAGUGUUGGUUGAGAUGGAGGUGUAAUUACAAUUUU